AGGAGCUCGGUUCCUUGGAAAUAGAGAAAGAGACUCAUCCUAGCAGCGUCCUUUGGUUCUCGUGCGCUUCAGCAUUCACGGUGCGAUUAGGAGACGUAAUUACGACGGAAGUGCGCCUCGUGAAAUAAUUGCCAGCCGUUGCGAAAUUCUCUGUAUACUGCGACUAAUUGGCAAAUCCGAAAGGCAAUAGCGCAGCCGCCAGAGUUCCUGAUGAUCGUUAUUGCCAUUAUAUUAUGCAACGUGCUGGCUCCCUGCCGUUGUAACUAUUGCAGUUCAAUCAACACUAUUGUCUAUGAAACCUACUCUAGUCUAUGUCAGUUCAAUGUAUAUCUUCUCGAUUCGUUAUUUUAUGGCCUAUAGACAGCCAGCAAGCAAUUGCGUUUGUAAGGAUCGUUUCCUUGGAGGGAGCCAGCCGAUUACAGGCUCCCCUAAAGUGCUCAUUCGUCCCUGUCGUCGUGCCUGUCAGUGUAAAGCAGCGCGCGAUGUGAUACUGGUAGUGUUGGCUGUGGUUGUGGGAUAGUAAUGGCGUAAGAGCAUAGGAGCAGGGAUAGCCAACAGUGCCCUCCUCCCGUCCCUUCCUCCUCUCUCCCUCGUCUUCCUUUCCCUCGAAACUCGUACUCUCUCACGCGAUACUACAAGCCGAUAGAACGUCGCAUACCCUGAAGCCAGCUCACUAUCUCCUCCACUGCCUGCCAUUGCCUCUCGGAAUCAGAAACACACUGUCGAGUGACUACCUACCUGAUGCUCGAGAACAUAGCCGCUAGUGGUAGUCACGUGGUCCCUCGAAUGCGAAGGAUGUUUGCGGGAUCCCAGAGAGUCAGUUCGAAGCGGUCUGUACGUCAGUGAGGAGAGUUCGUUAGAUUUCGCUCUUGGCGUAUCACGAAAAAUACGAUUCGCUUCCACCGGAAGAUCAAUCGAUUCUUAUUUGUAUCAGUAAAGUGACCAGAACGUUUAGAGAAAUUCGUGAUGACUGUCGAUCGAUUUCGAAAUACUCCUCGGGAUAAAAAUAGUUAUAUCGUGACCGAUGAAAAGAUUCAGUGCUCAUCGAGUGAUUUGUACGCGAGUGUCGUAUCCUCUAUCUGAAUUUUUGAAUAAAUUAGACAGAGAAGAAGAGCCAACAUGUAGCCAAGAAACAAUAAGAUGGCAAACCGAUUCGCAAGAUUAUAAAUUCGUGAGGAUAGGCCUGGGUGCGCAGUGCUGAGUUUCUGCUCCCCCCCCCNCUCUCUCUCUCUCUCUCUCUCUCUCUCUCUCUCUCUCUCUCUCUGUGUAUCUUCCCUUCUCCCAAAUACUCAUCGUGUUCCUGGGAUCGCCGAUUCCAACCGUGAGCGUAAUGCAGCUAGCUGCAACUCACAAUCAGAGGACGCAUCCUCCUCCCGUGCCACCGAGACCAAGUCGACAGGUGGUCGCGGAAGCACUCAAGAGAUCCCCCAGGCCGCCUUGUCCCACGAGGCAGGCGCCACCACCUCCCAACGCGAAGCCGUGGCGAUCUUCGAGUCGGGUGGAUCAGGACGGUCCUGCUGGACGGACCCUCGUCUAUGAAUCUUCUCGUGAACAACCUGAGAAGGACUCAUCUGUGGAAGAACGUACGUCUGCGGGCACAGGAGUGACUUCCGACGAGGUGACCUCCAGGUUGCGAGUUACCUCGAAUAAUGCCAAGUCUCCGAAUGAUAGGUCUACCCGUACAGCCAGUGAGAAUAUUGGGGACUCGGAGAACCGGCGACAGAGGGCUGUCCUCAUAACGGGUCAGAGGUCAAGAGCAAACUCCAGUGUCGAAAAUGAGCGGGUACCUCAGUCUAGAGUCAUCAACAGCACAAUCAGAAACAUUUCCCAGUUUCCAGAUGAUAUUCAUCCCACGGAAUCCGAGAAGGCAACUCACGACGAGGACCAAGUCGAGUCCUCGAGCCCGGCUGGCGCGUUCGGUGAUCGACGAUUUCCCUCAGCACUAAAUUCCGCAAAAGUGACGAAGGAGGACACAGGAAAAAAGUCAGGAGCGUGCGAGGAACCUACAAGAAAGUUCGGUCCAACGAGUGGCAAAAGCGAUCCCGCUGAUCGGGAAUCCGCUGAGGCGUCGAACGAGCAAGAAAAGACUGAGACGAGUGCUGGGACUAUUUCCAGCGAUGAGUGCGCGACAGUGGUCGUCGUUGACGAACCAGAGCGUAAAGUUGCCUUCGAGGACAGCGACAACAUCCACCAUCAGGAUUGGCUGGAAGCCGGAGUCCGUUACUCCUCUACGCAAAUUACAAUACCUGCUGAUGACUUUUCCGAGCGGUUCAACGGUUGCAGCAGUUUCGAUGAGAUUGACUUUUCUAGUAUAAAGGAGAGGAUCGCAAUGUCCUCGUUACAAGGUUUGCCGCCCCUGCCGAGGAGCCUCAGCGGAUUCAACCUGAACAUUGUUCGCGACGGGGGUGAACCGCCACCACCCCCAGCGAGAUCGUCCAGCAAGUCCCAGAGAGUUACGAAGCAGGUCCAACCCGGCUCCAGGCCUUUGCCACCUACAAGACAGCUCACUACCCUGGACACCCAACUCGCCAUUCUUCGGAGGGAAAUGUUUGGUUUGCGUCAACUGGAUCUGUCGCUGCUGUCUCAACUUUGGUCGCUGAACGAGUCUAUUCAGGAAUUUCGACAGCUUCUCCAAGAACAGGAAGACAGGGCCCCAUCACCUUCGCCGAGCAGCGAGGAAGGCGACGAUACUUCUUAUAGCAGUCAUCCGCCACCUCCUCCGAGAAGAGCCAUACCUGUGGUGCAUCAUCAUAGACCUCCAAGACCUCCAAGACCGCCUCCCAGCGACGAUUCACCGUCCAGCGAGGAAUACGGCGCCGUUUAGAAUCUUUAGCCAGAAAAUCUGGACUUGAUAUGCGCAUUUGCCAAUUUAUCUCCCUAGAACGUCCACCCAUUUCUCGUGUAAAUUAAUCUAUGACUUUCUCCAUCCAUUAUCAAUCGACGAUUUUCAAAUUAAUUUGCAUCUCUCGCUUUAGAAAUUGCGAAAGUCACUCCAAGAUUAUGAGGAAGUCGUUACGCAGAGUGUCAGCUCCUUUUUCGGACGUCGCUGUUAGUUUCCGUUCUCUUCUAUGGAUGGAAUUCAGGAAAAUGCGACUUUCACCGAUCGGAUCAGAUUGGAAUUUUUUCCAUAUUAGUAAACUUAUGUUCGGAGCGUGAUCGACCUAAGUUUUGCCAAAAAAAAUUAUCGGGUACAAGAUUAUCUCCAAAAAGCAAAAAUGAUCUCAAUUUUGGAGAAAGAAAUAUGUGAUGACUCCUUCCUGUGCAGAAGAAAUUCGUUUUUCGCCCGAUAAUCAUGAAGAUGAGGAUGGAAGGCUCUCAAAAAGGAGGCGAUCGAAAGCCUUCGCAAUACUCUCCGCGUGUUAUUCUAAAUGCAAAGGAGUGUUUCUAUGAUAGAACUGCGAGGACCGUCUAUUUUUAAGGUGCUCGAUAUAAUGUCCGUGUCAAUUUUAUACGUAGGUUUGCACCGAUGUGCUUAUGCGAAGUAAUAUUAUGAAUAAUAAACAAAAGAUAAUUUAAAUAGAA